GACACUAGCGGCCGUCUGGCGAAUGUUUACCAAGCAGGAAUAGAGUGGUGGUGAGGAAAGUGACAGUCACACUGGAGGCUUGGUGUAUGGUGAAACACAGGUGAUUUCAGCUUCCACGGUUGCAUUUUACAGCGGAAUGUUCACUCGAAGGGGGCAUGGAGACGUCAAGAAAUCUACACAGAAAGUUCUGGACCCAAAGAAGGAUGUACUGACCCGGCUUAAACACCUGCGGUCACUGUUAGAUAUCAUUGACAAGAGUGAACUAAAGCCGUUCUUCGAGAGCAACUGUUCUCAGAUUUAUUUUAUCUUCUAUGAAAAUUUCAUUACACUGGAAAGCAACUUAAAACAAAAAGGGAACAAAUCUCAAAGGGAGGAGCUGGACUCUAUCCUCUUUAUUUUUGAAAAAAUUCUACAACUUCUGCCUGAGAAAAUCUACAACCGAUGGCAGUUUCACAGCAUAGGUUCUAUUCUGAAAAAGCUUCUACACACUGGAAAUUCAUUCAAGAUCCGCUGUGAAGGGAUCCGUCUCUUCCUGCUGUGGCUGCAGGCCCUGAGGGACAACUGUGCUGAGGAGCAGUUCCUUAUCUUUGCUUGUCUGGUGCCAGGAUUCCCUGCUGUGCCCUCUUCAAGAGGGCCCUGCACCCUUGACACCAUUAUUUACAACCCCUUUUCCAACCCCCCUGAUGCCAAGGUGGUGCCUGAGGAGAUUACCCCGCUGGUUCCAGCUGUGGUAGGAGAAAAGGUUGCAGAUGACCAGACCUGUUACAUCCUUGAAACCCUGCUCAAGUACAUGGUCAUCCAGGCUUCCAGUUUAGAAUGGAAGAACAAAGAGAACCAGGGCACAGGCUUCAGGUUUCUCUUCAGCCUGUUCAAGAAGUACUACCUUCCACAUUUAUUUCCCUCCUUCACCAAGCUUACAAAUCUCUACAAACCUUUAUUAGACCUGCCCCACCACCGGCCAAAACCCUUGUAUGUGCCAGUGACGCGGAACAAUGAGAGCACCUUCUGCACCAGGGACCAGUACCUGGCACCCCGUGUGGCCUUUAUCACCUGGCUGGUCACCUUCUUCCUGGAGAAGAAGUACGUCAGCAGUGCUGCUGCGGCGCAGAGCGUCAAGAAUGGCACCGAGGUCCUUCCCAAACUCAUCCAGACUGUCACUGCAGGCAGUAGCAGCCAGGAGAAGGAUAAGACAUCAGAUGGGGAUACAAACGGGCCAACGGGGGAGCCUGAGAAGAGCCACUCCAACAGCAGCACGCUGUCAGAUCGGCGGCCCAGCGAUUCCAGUUUGUGUAGCAUUGAGGAGGAGCACCGCUAUGUCUAUGACAUGGUCCAGGGCAUCCUGCUUUCCACCAGGGACAAUGUGAAUUUUGUCAAUGAGGUCUUCCACCAGGCUUUCCUGCUGCCGUCCUGCGAGGCAUCAGCAACCAGGAAGGUGAUCAAAGUGUACAGGAAGUGGAUCCUGCAGGAGAAGCCAGGCUUCAUGACAGAGCCUGACACUACCCAGGCAGAUGACAUGGAUGACAGCUCUGAACAGAAACUCACCACAGAGACUAACAGCAUGCACGCACAGAUGAUAGAGAGUCACGGCCACAAACGGUCGUCCAGCUGGGGGAGGACUUACUCAUUCAGCAGCGCCAUCAGUCGGGGCUUUCUCACUGAGGACCAGAACAGGAAUAUCAAGGCUGGUAUCCAGCCCACACUACAGGUGUUCCUGACCAACUCAUCCAAUGUCUUUCUGUUGGAGCCAUGCCAGGAUGUACCUAAACUUCUGGAUAACCAGGUUGAGGUGUGCAAGGGUGUUCUGAGCAUCUACCGGCACAUGAUCAUGGAGCACACAAUGAAUACACAGACGUGGGAGCAGAUGCUGCAGGUCCUGCUGAGGAUAACUGAGGCAGUGAUGAAGAGGCCACAGGAAAACCAAAGAAAAGACAGCUUUGCUGAAAGUUUAGCAGCUAUACUCUUUAGGACCAUCAUUGUGGCGUGGGUGCGAGCCAACCUGUGUGUAUUUAUCUCCCGGGAGCUAUGGGACGAGCUGCUGGCAGUGCUGUCCUCUCUUACCUGCUGGGAGGAGCUGGUGACAGAGUGGGCCAGCAUCAUGGAUUCGCUGACAGCUGUGCUGGCACGCUCUGUUUAUGGCCUGGACAUGGCCAACCUGCCUCUGGAUAAACUCAGCGAACAGAAGGAGAAGAAGCAGAGAGGACGUGGAGUUUUCCAGGACUCCCAGAAGGCAGCAGCAGUGGCACGUUCCUUCUCACUGAGUUGGAGGAACCAGGGGGAGCAGAUUGGAGUUCAGGAGCCCAUGAGGAUUCGCUCCGCUACUACGUCAGGAGCUCCAGGUGUAGAGACAGCCCGUAAUAAUGUCCGACAGAAGGCCUCUGAUGUGGAGGAGUGUCAGCUGUCAGAAUGUGGGGGAGAGGAGGAGCUGGGAGGCGGGGAUAGCCCUCUGCCACGUAGCAGUAGCACCUCAGACAUCACCCAGCAGCUGUCUGACACUUUGCCAGCCCAGAAGAGAGAGUACUCCCCUACUUCCUGCGGCUCUGAUACCAGGACGUCUGAGGGGAGGAGAGAAAGCAAUGAACCACCAGUGAUCCUCAUCCGGCGGAGCAGCAGUCCACAUGAGACAGAGUGCAACGCUGAGGGACACACAAACCACACAAGACCCAAGCUCAGAGAGAAAAGUGAGAGUAUAAGCAGUGAGACGUCCAACGGCUACCUCAACGAUGCUGAGGUUACCUGGCAGGCCUUUGAUGAGGAAGCUGAUACUCAGUCCACACAGUCGGCCCACAUGGACGUGACAACUGACCCCCAGAGCCAGGGAAGUCUGCUGCUCAGCCACAAUGAGGCUCUAGCAGGUCCUGAGUGUGCCCUCCCUCCCCACUCUGCACCCCCGUCCUACCAAAACCACAACCACUACCCCCAGAACCCGCCCGCCUCACCAGCCCUGCUGGUGCACACAGAGUGCCCACGGGACUGCCCCCUGGACGACACCAUGCAUCAGUCUGUCUUACACAUGCCACACCACUUGGAUAGUAGUGAGUGUCUGGCUGAUGAUGUCAGCAUCAUUGCGGGUGGGACCCUUACUGGUUGGCAUGCUGAUUCAGCCUUCGUCCUGUGGAGGAGGAUUUUGGGUAUCCUGGGAGAUGUCAACAGCAUCCGCUGCCCCAAAAUCCAUGCCAAGGUCUUAUCCUAUCUUUAUGAGCUUUGGCACAAGCUGGCAAAGAUCCGGGACAAUCUUGGGAUUAGUGUGGACAACCAGUCUUCUCCUCCCCAGCCUGUCUUCAUUCCUCCACUUCGAAUGUUGGCCUCCUGGCUCUUCAGGGCCACCAUGUUGCCAGCUGAGUACAAGGCCGGCAAGCUGCAGGCCUACAAGCUGAUCUGUGAGAUGAUGACCAGGCAUCAGGAUGUGCUGCCCAGCAGUGAUUUCUUGGUGCACCUCUACCACGUCAUGCACAAGGGUCUCACCAGCGGCGACCAGGAUGUUUUGAACACCAUCAUCCGUUCCUGCUCUCCUCGUUUCUUCUUCCUCGGCCUGCCGGGCUUCACCAUGCUUGUUGGAGGUUUCAUCACUGCUGCUGCCUACGUUCUCAGAUCCGACUCCUCAGAGGCUCCCAGGAUGGAGGCUCAGACAAUCCUGGGCUCCCUUGUGUGUUUCCCCAACCUUUACCUCCAGAUUCCUGUACUACAGCGUAUGCCUGGCUCUGAUGAUAUCGUUGUUGGCAAUGAGGAUAUUAAGGAUUAUCUGGUCAAAGUCCUGCUAGAGACAGCAACAAAGGAAUACUAUGAAGGGGCCAGGUGCAUAGCUGUGUGCAGUCUGGGUCUGUGGGUGUGUGAGGAGCUGAUGCAAAAGAACAUCCACCACCAAGUUAAAGACGCCAUCAAUGUUCUGGGAGUAACACUAAAGUUUGGGAAUAAAGCAGUGGCUCACGUAGCCUGUGACGUGUUUCAGCUGCUCAUCUCCCACUGGGAACAUCUUCAGAGGUUGGAGCCCACUCUGCCUAAGAAAAUCAUUGAGAUCUUUGUGGCCACAAUAGCCUUUUUGUUACCAAGCGCAGAGCACUCAACAGUGGAAGCAGACAAAAAGUUGAUGGUGUCGCUGCUGCUCUGCCUGUUGGACUGGUGCAUGGCCGUUCCACUAAGUCUGCUGCUGGGGCCCAUCACCAUGCCUUUGCUGGAGGACCGCACAUCCCACAAGGCCCCUCUACUGGACUACAUCUACAGGGUGCUGCACUGCUGUGUAUCUGGCUCCAACCUGCACACCCAACAGAGCCACUACCUCCUCAGCCUGUCAGACUUGUCCAAUGACUAUGACCUCCUGUUGGGUCAGGUUAAGAGCUUCGAGCCGUCACCCUCCCAGACAACCACUGAUUUCGGCAACCUGCUCACCGUAGCUGAGGAAAAGCGACGUCGGAACAUGGAGCUGAUUCCCCUGACAGCUCGGAUGGUCAUGACUCACCUGGUGAACCAUUUGGGCCAUCAUCCGCUGAGCGGUGGCCCUGCUCUUCUCCAUAGCCUAGUGAGCGAAAAUCACGACAACCCGUAUGUAGAGUCAUCAGAGCUGUCCUCGGAGGUCUUCAAAAGCCCCAACCUGCAGCUGUUUGUGUUCAAUGAUACCACGCUGGUGUCCUACCUGCAGAUCCCCGCCGAGACCCCUACUGUCGGACAGCCCCCUCAGCCUUCCUCCCAAGUGCGUGUUAUUGUCCGGGAUAUCUCAGGCAAAUACUCCUGGGAUGGCGCAAUCCUCUACUGCACCACCCAGGAAGACUCUGUUGAUGCGGGAGUUUUCAAUGCAGUUGACCGCCCUGUAUCUUCUACCACUAAUGUCACUCACAGCAGAAACCAACCCAACUCUCCAACAAAGGGGCCGUACAAAAAUCGUUGCUCAGUCUCUGACUCUCUCUCUGACUGCUGUGAGGAGGAAGAGGUAGAUAUUCUGGAUCAGCUUUUGGAGGACCUGGGCCAAAGCAGCCCAGAAUGCUUGCCCCAGCCACAACUCAGGCUCAACCAGCCAGCACCCUCACCCCAUGGCAUGAACCUAGAACAGGAGAGCGCCAUCCUGGAGGCUAUUCUGCGUCAGACUGAGCAAGAGGAGGAGCAAGUCAGAAGAUGGAAUGCUGAUGUAAGCUUCCGGGCCGCCUGCCAGAGGGAACCCUCCCACCAGGAACCAAAAGCUCCUUUCUACUUCUGCCGGCUACUGCUUAAUGACCUUGGCAUGAACUCUUGGGACCGCAGGAAAAGUUUCCAUUUGUUGAAGAAAAACUCCAAACUCUUAAGGGAACUGAAGAACUUGGAUUCCAGGCAGUGUCGAGAGACACACAAGAUUGCUGUGUUCUACAUUGGAGAGGGCCAAGAGGACAAGUGCUCCAUCUUGUCUAACAGCGCAGGGAGCCAGGCCUAUGAAGACUUUGUGUCUGGACUGGGAUGGGAGGUGCACCUGGCCACACAUUGUGGCUUUAUGGGUGGCCUCCAGAGGAAUGGCAGCACAGGUCUAACAGCUCCUUACUAUGCUACCUCCACUGUGGAAGCCAUCUUCCACGUCUCCACUCGUAUGCCAUCUGAUUCUGAUGACAGUCUCACCAAAAAGCUGCGACACCUGGGAAAUGAUGAGGUGCACAUAGUUUGGUCAGAGCACACCAGGGACUACCGACGUGGUAUCAUCCCAACUGACUUCGGAGACGUGCUGAUUGUCAUCUACCCGAUGAAGAACCACAUGUAUUUCAUCCAGAUCAUGAAGAAACCACAGGUUCCUUUCUUUGGGCCUCUGUUUAAUGGCGCCAUCAUCACUGAGACGUUGCUGCCAAGCUUGGUGCGUGCCACCUGUAUCAAUGCCAGCAGAGCUGUCAAGUCCCGGCUGACUCUCUACCAGAGCUUCUAUGAGGAGCGGGCGCUGUACUUGGAAGCCAUUGUUCAGAACCACAGAGAGGUCAUGACCUUUGAAGACUUUGCCUCGCAGGUCUUCUCCCCCUCUCCUGGAUAUCCAAUGAGUGGGACAGGCUCCUUCACCGGCAGUGCAAGCACCGAAGCUGGAAAUUCCACUGGAACAACGGACUCCGUUGACCAGGUUUCUCCCACAAUGCCCCGUGCCACAAAGAACCGAGUUUCCGGAAAACUCCGCCGAUCAGCCAGUGCUAUAAGCAAAUCCUCCAACUGAGCUCCUCAGCCCGUCCCCGUUUCCCCUACAAGUGCAGCCUUUAAUCUUUUCUCGAAGAACCUCACACACAGCCGUGACUGCAAGAGAUUUUUUGUUUGUUUUGUUUUUCUUCUGUUUUAUUUUGUGUCAUAUAAACAUGUAACAGGAGCAUAUUGCAAUUUUUUAAUUUAAGUGGCAAUCAUUUAUUUCGUUGAUACAUUUCCAUUUGUUGUGGCAUUUAACCGUUUAAUCGAGAUGGACAUGUGACUAAGCUAUUUAUUCAGCUUGAGAAUCAGCGACAUAGGAAGACCUUACUGAGAAGUCUUAGAGCAACCUGGGAUUAAAAAACGUAAUUUUUAUUCUCAUUUCCUAGCGCAGUACUAGAAAAUAGAAGGGGGAAAAUUUCUUACUGUACUAAGGGAAUGGAAGACUGCUGUUUCUGUAUCUCAUCUCUCUCAACACUUAAUGUAACAAAGCACUGAAUGACACAGCUGUACAUGGCAUCAUGCUAAAACUGCACAAGAGAUUGCUAUCCAUUUUUAAACUUGUCUGCCUUUUUACCUCCUUUUGCACUUGCUACAACCUUUUCUAUGUCUAAGAUUCCACUUCAGUUAGUGGCAGGAUGACAUUGUUGUUUUGCUCGUUGGCAUCAGUUUGUCAUCAUUUGUCUGUCCCUACAUUGAAAAGGAGAAAAGACUGAUGCAUGGGGAAUUCUCCCCAGAGUGAUUUUAACUCACUGCACUACUACACAGACUUUAUGGACACGGAGUUCCUGUUGUAUGUGCAGUCAGAGGCCUUUUAAUUGUUUUGAACCCAGAGUGGACAAAUCGAUGACAUCUUUCUAACUUGAGCUGGAUAGAAAUUUGUUUGGGUUUUCUUUUUUUAUCACUCUAAUUUUCCUUUUUAAAUGAAUUCCGAUGGAUUGUGUCAUGAUUUGAUUUAUGCAACUCUGCUGGAAUGAGAAAAGACUGCAUUUGUAAUUGUUUUCUGAUGUCGUUAACAUAGGCUCAUGUCCGGUAAUUGAAUAAGUUCCUCCUGUCUCUUUCCUCUGCUAUCAGUUUCCCUGUCCUGUGAAGAUGAGACAUUGACAUUCCAACGUUCCCCAACCAACAUUUUUUUUGCACUCGCUGUCAUUGAUUAACUAGCAUUGAAUGUUUCUCUCUGUUCUUGGAUGUAAAUUGCUUUAAGUUUUAUUUGCUCAUGUCUGUUUGCAUAGAUGUAUAUAGAAAGGACAAUUUGAUUAAUUAUUUUGUUGUUGUGUUAUGUACGAGUGUUUAGAGGAAAAAUACCGCCAGCGCCUCAGGUGAAUAUUAACUCCAUGCACUGGUGUGUGUGUGUGUGUAUGUAUGUGUUUCUGUGUUUGUGAGAGUGUG